GGAGAGAAGAACCAAAUUGGGCGCGAAGCCUUAAGUUAAUAUUAAAGUGAAUAGCACAGUUAGUUAUUUCUUUCAGUCAAGUGAUGCAUUCAUUGCAUUGUGAAUAGUGUGGAGAUGAUAUAUUGCUUCAUAAUUGGCUGUCAGAAUGGGAAAAAAAAGAUUUGUGCCAAGCCUGCAAAUGACAACCCGAAAAAAGUAGUUUUUUUUCAACCACCAAAAGAUGAAGUAUUGAGGAACGUAUGGGUAAAGAAUAUCCCAAACAAUGGAAAGGAGUUAAAGAUUUCAUCAUAUGUGUGUGAUGAGCACUUUCUAGACCAUGAUAUCAACAAAUAUUCUGAAACAGUUAUUAAUGGUUCAAUCCAUCGAGUUGAAUGGAAAAGGUGGAAAUUGAAAAGUGGAGCUUUUCCACAAAUCUUUCCAGUGUCAACCGAAGAGAAUCCAGUGAAAAAGAGAAAACCACCUCUCGCAAGAAAACCACUUGGUAACAUAAGCAAUUAUCAUGGACAUUUCCCUUCUCAAAUUACAAGUGCUGUUAAAAAAGUAAAAGCUAAUGCUGUUACUAAGACUAAAGUUUGCAAUACACAAACAAAAGAUACACCUACAGAAGGUCCUGUUACAGUUUAUGAAGACAUAAAUAAUGAAGUCAUUGAGGUUGCAGCUGUGUGUAAUGUCACAGGUAAUAUGUCAGUUCUAGAGGCUGUCAAGGAAAAUGAAAACUCAACAUUUUCACCUAAUGACAUUCGAAAUAUCAAGCUACCCUCAACAACUUGGAGAAUUGGAUCCCUAAAAGACGGAUUGCUUAAUUUCUUUAACAUUGAAGAAAAAAAACAAAGUGUUGCAAUUCAAAAAUUGCUUUCCGUUGAUUUCAAUAGACGCUUUUACACCAAAACAAUCAUAAAUCGAGAGCUUACAGAUAUUGAAGAGAAUACCAACACUUUUACAUCACUAGCACAAAUUGAAGAAGUUUUGUUAAAUCUUCACAAUGCAAGAAUAUGUCCUGGCAUCGUCCACGAUCCUUUAAAAUACCCAACUACAGAAAACUUGGUUCGAAAUGGUCAGCUGCUGCAUGGAAUUUGGAGAUGGAAUAAAUGCAGCCUCCUAAUUUCUGAAUGUGGCAAGAUGACGCACUGCAAAUUCUGCAAGAUGUUGAAGAAAGCUUUACAAAUGCAGUUUAACAGACACAAGAAAAUUAAACUGCACACCAAAAUCAACCACACAUUUUUGAGCAUGAAACAACUAUCCCGAAAAAUCGUUGUUAAGGCCAAACGUGAAGCCCAACUUAAGUUUCAAUUAAAGAAGAAAAAAGAAGAAAAUAUGGUAGUUUUAACAUACAUUAAACAAAACUAUUAAAUAUGUAAGGGCUUAACAUAAAAUUAACAUUAAUUGUAGAAACUGAAAGCUGCGCUAAAAGACAUGCGCUUGAAAUUAGCAAAAGUUAAAUAUGAACAGAUAGACAUAGACAAAUUAAGCGACAAGGUAAUAUUUUUUAAUGUUUGUGCCCUUACAAUUAAUUAUGAAAUGAUAUUCGACCUGUGUGACUACUGACUAGUAAAUAGCCCAUUUUUGAUUGACACCUCUUUAUUCAAUUGCGCACGUUAUUUACAUUGUGACUCUUACCUUAUUGUCAUAAAACUUGAGGUUUACCUAUCGAUGAUGUAACCACAUUUUUUGAUGACAUUUUGGCUGAAUCCGAUUGAUUUGACGAUUGUAAUAAAUAUUCCAAUAACGUUUAACAACAUUAAAUUGA